CAUAUAUGUGAGCCACUGGUAGUUUAAGAAACCGAAAGUUGCCACCGAAAGUCGAAGGAAGAACUGAUUGCUGGCUUUUGCAACUCAGAAAGGCAAAAUCCAAGUAAAAGAAAUGUCAGAGACAGAUUGAUUCAACUGUGAGCAAGGGGAUAUUGGUGUUGAAUAAGAUUUCUGUCCAUUAAUAUAGAGGCCUCCUCAUCACCUUGCCUACAGUCGGUAGAACCUAAGGAUUCUACAUGUGUGUACAGAAGAAAUCUCCCGGACUGAAAGAAAUCAACACAGGAUUCUGAAACCACAGGAAAAGACGAGUAGGAAAUAUACACUGUCAGCGAUGUAUAAAUACGUGUUACAGAAAUCUGUCACUGUGUCUGGAGUUAGUGGGUGUAAACACAUUACCCACGUGUCUACAGACCGGGUCUGGAUCAGUGAUAAUGAAGGCAAUCUUAUCUUAACUAACACGAGAGGUGACAUUCUAGAUAAAGUGACAGAUUUAGAUCAAUUUGGCGGUGGAGUACAUACUGUGUCUAGUAAUAGUGCUGUGAUUUAUAUAGACAGUGACCGUAACAUCAUUAAACUGUCUAAAGAUAAAGUCAAGAUUACACUGAUACCAUACACAUCACCAUGGUUACCAAGGUCUGUCUACAGCUCUCCCUCCACUGGACACCUGCUGGUCGGGAUACGUAAUAAUGAUACAGAUACAGGCCAGGUAAACCGUUACACCAACACAGGAGAACACAUACAGACCAUACAGCACGACAACACAGGUCAGGGACUGUAUAGUGAUCCUGACUACAUCACGGAGAACCGCAAUGGAGAUGUUAUUGUGUCUGACUUUGUCCGUGGUGUAGUGGUGACAGACAGUAGAGGGAGACAUCGCUUCUUCUACAGAGGUACUACAUCAGGAUCAGGACUACGACCACGUGGAAUCUGUACUGACGCGCUGUCACACAUCCUGCUGUGUGAAGCUUACACCCACACAAUACAUAUCAUUGACCAGGACGGUCUCUAUUUGACACAGAUAGAGAGAGAACAACACGGGAUAUACAAACCAUACGGCCUGAGUUAUGAUUGUGAUACACAGCUUCUGUGGGUUGGAUCAUACAACAACACAGUAAACAUUUACAGACUUAUCAAUGAAGGGGAUGAUCAGACUAGUGCAAGCAAUGAUGAUUUAAAUGAGGUUAAUAUGGAUGAGUUGAAGAAGUUUCUGAGGAAGGAGAAGACAACUGUCACCCAUGCCAGAGGAAUACUUGUUGGAUGUGCUGAGGCUGGAAAAACAACGCUACUGAAGAGGUUAAGAGGGCAAAGUCAGAAUGUUGGUGAAGUUACAGAGUCCACCAGGGGACUGGAAGUCCAUCAACAUCUCUUCAUUGUUAGAGACAGAAUUCUGGAAGUUGCUGAUGAUGACUCAACAUUAAGGACAUUCAUAAGAAUACACUCUGCAGAUCUGAAACCAGACACGAGCAGUGCAGUUGAUAGUUCUGAUUCAAAUGAUAAUAAAGACAAUUUGGAACAGAAAAAUAUAGAUAAAGGCACGGAAGUAAUUUAUAGCCGAGAAGAAAAGGAAGAAGAGAAUGUAGAAAUACAAAGUGUGCCAAAUGAAGACUCAGAAGAAGAAAGCACAGUAGAGAAAACGGCGGCUGUUCUCUCUUCAGCAAGGGUAAAAGAUGAAAUUUUUCAAAAUAUUUUGUCUGAAAAAGAAAAAUUACCAACUGUCAGCAUGCUGGAUUUUGCUGGUCAGUUAGCCUAUUAUGCCUGUCACCAAAUUUAUGUAACACCAAAGGCCUUCUUUAUCCUUGUGUUGGACAUGACAAAGAAGUUUGAGGAUGUUGUUGAUAGGGAGAAAGAUAAUCAAGAAGGAUCAAUCUUCUCAGUGUGGACUUACAAAGAUUACCUGAAGUUUUGGAUAACCUCAAUCAAGACAUUUGGAGGCAAAAAGGCACCUUUGCUUCUUGUUGUUACACAUACAGAAAGAAAAUCUAUAGAUGAAAUAGAGAAGUAUUUGGAGGAGUUUUGGAAAGCAGUACCAGACGAGGACAGAGAUUGGUUAAGUGAGUCUCUGAAUGAUCGGGAAUACUCUGUGGGUCUAUUGGAACUUAAUGAGAAAACAACGGAAACGCUGGAAUCAAUUAAAAAGUCUGUAGUCCAACUAUUUGCCAAUGAGGUCAAUACAAAAAUUGAAAUGCCCUCUUCGUGGGCUCUAAUGGAACAAUUAUUAUAUGAAGGAGGCUGGAAGGUUUUGUCCCUUGAUGAAAUAAGAAGGCUCAACUCAUCCCUUCCUGAAGAAUAUCAAAUUAAAAGUGAUGAGGAAAUGUCUCAGUUUUUGAAGUGCUUCCAUGAUAAUGGGCUUCUUUUGUAUUUUAAAGAAGGGAAAUUAAGGGAACAUGCAAUACUGGACAUUCAGUGGUUUGCUAAUGCUUUCAGCAAGAUAAUCGCUGAUGAAAACCACAUCAAUAAAGAUUGUAAAAGGAGAUUAAUCAAAGCAUGGAAAUCCUUCAACAAAACGGGGGAACUCAAAGACAAAGUGGUAGAUGCACUGUGGAAAGAUGAACCUUCAUACCUGAAACACAAAAGUGAAAUUAUGUCUUACAUGGAGAAGCUUCAAAUGCUGGUACCUUUGGACUCUUUGGAGGCUAUGUCAGAAGGUGGUAUGUCAUGGUAUGUCCCCUGUAUGAACAAAAAGCAAUUUCAAGCUUACUUUUGUGAAGAUAAAUGGGAAUGCUCCUCCAUUUUGUGCUUCCGAUUCACUUCCUUUGCCAUGUUUGUGUUCUACAGACUGGUAGCAUUUUGCAUAAGUUCUCUUGGAUGGAGUGUUGCGAAAGACGAUGAUAAUGAUGGAGAUUUAUGUCUUUAUCAAACAGCAGCAGUGUUUGAUCACAAAGAACACACUGUUGUUGUUGGCAUAUGUAACGAAGAUAUACAGUUGCAAGUGCUACGUCUAAGCCGCUUAGCGGUAGACAAAGACGUAUCAAAUGAAAUUGGAGACUCCAUUGAUAUUGCCUUAGGAAAAUUGACGGAAACAUUUCUUGGGGAAAAAAUAUUCCAUAGAGGAUUCAAAUGUCAAAACAUUAUUUGUAAUGAGACAGAUAUUUCCUUCACCCUUUCAAGUGAACUCGCCAAAAUCAAGGCUGAAGAAACACAAUGCAAAUGUCGAAUUCUGGAGAAACAUGUGAUAAAUGUACAAAGGACUCUUAGUUUCUGGGAAAAGAAAGAGGCAAACAAUUUCAGCACUGGACACAUUCUAGCAGGCCGAUCUAGAUUUGCAAAGCUGGGAAUGGCAACAAACGAUGUGUUAAAUCAGGCAUACCGAGAUGUGCUUGAGUGGGAAAUACACCCAUCCCUAGUUUAUAACAAAGUGAAGACGUCAUCAAUUUAUAAAACAUUACGCUCAGAUCAAGAAGAUCUCUUAAAAACAGCGGCAAGCUCUGGAUAUAAGAAUUUUGAUAUUUCAUUAAUCUAUAUAUUGAUCAGAAACAUUGGUUCUAAGAUCCCUAGGCCAACAAAAGGAAAAUGGGGAGGCAACAGUAUGCCUACAGCAGGGGAGAUUAGGGUGGGUGAUGAUGUAGAGCGAAUCAGGAUAAUCCGAAACUCUCUGACUGCACACGUGAGCUCAGCCUCAACCCCGCAGACAGAGUUUGAUGACACUUGGUUGAUGAUGUCAGGUAUCUGCCAAAGAUUGGAAAACUUCACAGGGAAGAAGUAUUUAGAUAAUCUUAAUUCGAUUAAAAAACUGACCUUAAAAGAAGAAGAUGAAGACGCUAUUAUAGAAAAGGUUAAAAUGGAAAGUCAGUAUGAAAUGGUGAAGACAGUUAUGUCAAAUGUGCAAGACGUCGUGUCAGAAGUCCAAGAAAUCAAAAAUAUAUUGAAGCCUGAGACGAGAGAUGCAGCAAAUUGAAAUUAUUACCUUUGAAGAAUUCUCUGUAGAAUACUUGAACUGAAACUGUAUUAAAUUCAAAGUCAAAACAAAGUGAUUUUACAUAUUGGAUAUACUAGUAAUACUUGUAAUUUAAAUAAUGUCGAUCUGAAUUUUUACAAGGACAUGGGGAUGUGGGAAUCUAAAAUUAGUGUUUUUGAGCCACUGUUAAAAUUUCAUUCAAGAUUUUUGUUGAG